GCCGGGGGCAUGAGCGGCCCCGCGGUCCCGCCGCGCCCCCGCCGCCCGCCGCCGCCCGCCCGGGGCUAGAGGCGGCCGCCGGGAGGGCGCGCGGCGCCGGAGACAUGUCCAGGAGGAAACAGAGCAACCCCCGGCAGAUCAAGCGUUCCCUUGGAGACAUGGAGGCCAGAGAGGAGGUGCUGUUGGCAGGUGCCAGCCACGUGGAGCAGAAGGCCACAGCACCUGAAGCCCCGAGCCCUCCCAGUACAGAUGUUAACUCACCCCUGCCACCGCCGUCCCCCACGUCCCCAGGAGGCCCCGAGGAGCUGGAGGGACAGGAACCAGAUCCCAGGCCCAGGGAGGAAGAAGAGCCACGCAGCCCCUGGACCGGGCCAGACGAGCUGGAACCGGUGGUGCAGCAUGGGCAGAGGCAUGUGCGGGCCCGACUCAGCCUCGCCACGGGCCUGUCCUGGGGCCCAUUCCACGGGAGCGUCCAGACCAGAGCCUCGUCCCCCGGGCAGGCAGAGCCGAGCCCAGCCCUGACCCUGCUGCUGGUGGAUGAGUCUUGCUGGCUGAGGACGCUGCCCCAGGCCCUGACCGAGGCCGAGGCCAACGCAGAGAUCCACAGGAAGGAUGACGCGCUCUGGUGCAGGGUCACCAAGCCGGUGCCCGCCGGGGGACUCCUGAGCGUGCUCCUCACAGCUGAGCCCCGCAGCACCCCCGGCCACCCUGUGAAGAAGGAGUCAGCAGAGCCCGCAUGCCCGGUCCCCGCACAUGACCUCCAGCUCCUGCCGCAGCAGGCCGGGAUGGCCUCCAUCCUUGCUACUGCAGUGAUCAACAAAGACGUCUUCCCCUGCAAGGACUGUGGCAUCUGGUACCGCAGCGAGCGCAACCUGCAGGCACACUUGCUGUACUACUGCGCCAGCCGCCAGGGCGCCGGCUCCCCGGCCACCGCCGCCUCGGAAGAGAAGCCCAAGGAAGCCUACCCCAACGAGCGCGUCUGUCCCUUCCCCCAGUGCCACAAGAGCUGCCCCAGCGCCAGCUCCCUGGAGAUCCACAUGCGCAGCCACAGCGGAGAGCGGCCGUUCGUCUGCCUGAUCUGCCUGUCGGCCUUCACCACCAAGGCCAACUGCGAGCGCCACCUCAAGGUGCACACGGACACACUGAGCGGGGUCUGCCACAGCUGUGGCUUCAUCUCCACCACAAGGGACAUCCUCUACAGCCACCUGGUCACUAACCACAUGGUCUGUCAGCCGGGCUCCAAAGGUGAGAUCUACUCUCCAGGGGCCGGACAGGCAGCAACGAAGCUGGCCCCAGACAGUCUUGGCAGCCUCCAACAGCACUCGGCCCUGCACGGCCCACUGGCCUCCACGGACCUGGGCCUGGCGCCCACCCCAUCACCAGGACUGGACAGGAAGGCCCCGGCCGAGGCCACCAACGGAGAGGCCAGGGCGGCCCCCCAUAAUGGAGGCAGCAGCGAGCCCCCGGCGGCCCCCAGGAGCAUCAAGGUGGAGGCGGCGGAGGAGCCGGAGGCGGCCCGCGCCCCGGGCCCCGGAGAGUCUGGACCCCACGCCCCGUCGCGGACGCCGUCACCGCACAGCCCCGCCCCCCACAAGGCGAAGGCUGCUGAGCUGUCCAGCCCCACGCCGGGCUCCAGCCCGGUGCCCAGCGAGCUGGGCCUGGCGGGGACCCUGUUCCUGCCGCCGUACGUGUUCGGAUCUGACUCGGCACCCCCGGCCCCCGCGGCGCCCCCAGCCUCGGAGAUCCUGGCCAAGAUGUCUGAGCUGGUGCACAGCCGGCUGCAACAGGGCGCGGGAGCGGGCGGGGCGCAGGCCGGGCUCUUCGCGGGGGCCCCCAAGGGCGCCACGUGCUUCGAGUGCGAGAUCACCUUCAGCAACGUCAACAACUACUACGUGCACAAGCGCCUCUACUGCUCGGGCCGCCGCGCGCCCGAGGACGCGCCCGCCGCGCGCAGGCCCAAGGCACCCCUCGGCCCGGCCCGCGCGCCCCCCGGGCCGCCCGCCGAGCCGGACGCGCCGCGCUCGUCGCCGGGCCCCGGAGCGCGCGAAGACGGAGCCGGGGGCGCGGCCACGCCCGAGGACGGCGCCGGCGGCCGGGGCAGCGAGGGCAGCCAGAGCCCGGGCAGCUCCGUGGACGACGCGGAGGACGACCCCAGCCGCACGCUGUGCGAGGCCUGCAACAUCCGCUUCAGCCGCCACGAGACCUACACCGUGCACAAACGCUACUACUGCGCCUCGCGCCACGAGCCGGCGCCACGCCGCCCCGCCGCGCCCCCUCCACCCGCGCCCGUGCGCACGCGCAGGCGUCGCAAACUCUACGAGCUGCACGCGGCGGCCGGCGCCCCGCCCCGCCCGCCGCCCGGCCACGCCCCCGCGCCCGAGUCGCCGCGCCCCGGAAGCGGAAGUGGCUCCGCGCCCGCCCCCACGCGUUCCCCAGGCCCCGCGGCCGACGGCCCCAUCGACCUGAGCAAGAAGCCGCGGCGUCAGCCCCCCGGAGCCCCGGCGCCCGCGCUGGCCGACUACCACGAGUGCACGGCCUGCCGCGUGAGCUUCCACAGCCUCGAGGCCUACCUGGCGCACAAGAAGUACUCGUGCCCCGCCGCGCCGCCGCCCGGCGCGCUCGGACUGCCCGCCGCCGCCUGCCCCUACUGCCCCGCCAACGGCCCGGUGCGCGGGGACCUGCUGGAGCAUUUCCGCCUGGCGCACGGCCUGCUGCUCGGCGCGCCCCUGGCCGGCCCGGGGGUCGAGGCCCGGACGCCGGCCGACCGCGGCCCCUCUCCCGCGCCCGUUCCCGCCGCCUCCCCGCAGCCCGGGCCCCGCGGCCCCCGGGACGGCCUCGGCCCGGAGCCCCAGGAGCCGCCGCCCGGCCCGCCCCCGUCCCCGGCCGCCGCGCCCGAAGCCGUGCCGCCCCCGCCGGCGCCCCCCUCCUACUCGGACAAGGGCGUGCAGACUCCCAGCAAGGGCGCGCCGGCGCCCCUGCCCAACGGCAACCACCGGUACUGCCGCCUCUGCAACAUCAAGUUCAGCAGCCUGUCCACCUUCAUCGCCCAUAAGAAGUAUUACUGCUCCUCGCACGCUGCCGAGCACGUGAAGUGAGCGCCCACACUACAGCCGCAGACGCUUUGCACGCCCCCGGGGAGGCAGGGGGACCGCCCCCAGGCCGCAGGGGACUCUCGCUCCCGGGAACCCCACCAAGCACUGGCCUCAGCAGAGGGGCCGCAGGGGGCAGUGCCCGCCUGGACCCUUGGCACUUAAUAAACAAGUCGAGUUUGUUGAGCA